AUGAGCAAGCGUCACGGUCGCCAGAAUCGGCUCUUUUUGGACAUUUCAGGCGAAACCCGGAAGGAGUUUGGAGCCAGGUCUUUACGCCACAUUCCAAGCGACCGACUGCAUGUCUCCACUCCCACUUGGUGGCUGCAGUCGCACGUGCAUUUCAGCUACGCAGGACAUCAAGACCCAGUUCGAGACGAGUUUGGGGUCCUCCGUGUGCUUAACGAUGACAUUAUCCAGCCCCUUGCUGGAUUCAACACGCACCCGCACCGGGACAUGGAGCUGGUGAUGUACAUUGUGGAAGGGGAGAUGCUGCACAGGGACAGCCUGGGGGGCACCGGCCUGCUGCCGCGGGGGACGGUGCAGUACCUGGGGUCCGGGACGGGGAUGACGCACUCGGAGAUGAAUCAGAGCAACACAGCCCCGUUGCGUUUCCUCCAGGUCUGGAUUAAGCCCGACGCGCGAGGCUACCCCCCUGCUUACGCCUCCCGGCAGUGCACGAGGGAGGAGCGCCACAACAAGCUAAAGCAGCUGGCGUGCGGUCACCAGGGUUUGAUGGCCAGCUUCUCAGCAGGGGGUGGCAGCGGCAGCCUGGACAUGAUCUCCCUGCGCCAGGACGCCAACAUUUUCGUGUCCGAAGCGGACCCGGGCGUCCGGCAGACGUUUGCACUUGAGAGGGGCCGGCAAGCGUACCUGGUAUGCAUGGAGGGCGCGCUCACUGUGAAUGGCGUCGUGCUGGAGCAGAGGGAUGCCCUGGAGGCUGUUGCCGGAAAUGACCAACCGCUGCCGCUGCGGUUCGGGGCCAGCACCGAGACGGGGGCGCAUUUUCUCGUCAUUGAAAUGUCCGGGGUGGACUGACAGCAUGCGUGUGCGGAAAGUCCAUACUUGAUUGAUGCCCUCCGUAUGAUUGGACAUUUUAAUGGAAAGUCUAAAAUGACAUUGUUCCGUAGCGAUCACAUUGAUCGUCAAAAGGACAGUCAUAGACGCAAGCUUGCAUGCGUAGGUUUAUGGCUGCUGGAGAUCAGCACCAGUCUUGAAUCCUUUCUCUUAUGAAAGGUUUUUAGAGUAAGGGGACCUUUAAUUACGUAGCUGUGAUAAUGACGUACUUGCAGCCAGCAGGUUCCGCACAUCGCUCAAGAGUCACCCAAGUUAGCCAGACUGUAAGAUAAAACAAGCUUGUGUAGGGAAGGCCAGUGGGAGAUCCUGGCAUCCGCCAGGAGCGAGCCAGGUCUGUUGCAGGCUAGUGUAUUGUCCAGUACCUGUUGGCAAACAUUGGUGGUGGGCUUAGAAGUAGACGCUGAUUUGCAUGUGUACAUACAUAGUGCGCGGCAGCGCCUAAUUUAUAUCAUCUCGACUCUCAAGUAUCCAAUACUUGGUCAAGUCCGGCUAUAUAUAUAUCGC